GAGGCAAAAACAGAAAAAAAAAAUUCUGAACCAAUGGACUGCAGACAUAGUACAGGAGAUGAUCAAGACUGCGGACACAGUACAGGAGAUGACCCAGAGACUGAGGACAGUACAGGAGAUGACCAGACUGCAGAGACAGGAUAUGCAGAGACUGCGGACAUAGUACAGGAUAUGGCCAGAGACUGCGGACACAGUACAGGAGAUGACCAGAGACUGCGGACACAGUACAGGAGAUGACCAGAGACUGCGGACACAGUACAGGAGAUGACCAGAGACUGCGGACACAGUACAGGAGAUGACCAGAGACUGCGGACACAGUACAGGAGAUGACCAGAGACUGCGGACACAAUACAG